CCGGAAGCGGGGCAGCGGCGGCGGGAGCUGGGUCGGCAGGUGUUUUUGUCUGGCAAAAUGGGUGAGCCUCAACAAGUGAGUGCCCUUCCUCCGCCUCCAAUGCAAUAUAUAAAAGAAUAUACAGAUGAAAACGUCCGUAAAGGCCUGGCUCCAAAGCCACCUCCACCUGUGAAAGACAGUUACAUGAUGUUUGGUAAUCAGUUUCAAUGUGAUGAUCUGAUUAUUCGACCCCUGGAGAGCCAGGGGAUUGAGCGGUUACAUCCUAUGCAGUUUGAUCACAAGAAGGAAUUAAGAAAACUUAAUAUGUCUAUCCUGGUCAACUUCUUGGACCUUUUGGAUAUCUUGAUCAGGAGUCCAGGCAGUAUAAAGCGAGAGGAGAAACUGGAAGACUUGAAACUGCUUUUUGUCCAUGUCCAUCAUCUUAUCAACGAGUAUCGCCCUCACCAGGCGCGGGAGACUCUGAGGGUCAUGAUGGAGGUGCAGAAACGGCAGCGGCUGGAAACGGCAGAGCGGUUCCAGAAGCACUUGGAGCGAGUUGUAGAGAUGAUUCAGAACUGCCUGGCAUCCUUGCCUGAUGAUCUGCCUCAUUCAGAGGGAGGAUUGAGAGUGAAAGUGGAAGCAAUGGAUACUGAUGAUGGCAGCAGCUGCAUUGGGCAGAGCGAAAAGCAGAGAGAGCGUUCUGGUGGCAAGAGAGAUCAAGUUUUGGACAAAGAUGCAGCCAUGUGUAGCAUUAUUGAUGAAAUGACAUGAAAAAAACCACUUCUUACUAGCUGGCCGUAGUGAGAGACAGAAUGAACUUUGAGGAAAUACAUUGUAUUUUGUUUUGUUGUUAUACACAUAGACAAAGCAUUUGUUGUACAGCUGUUGGGGGUUGUGAGUGACUGGGCAGAUGAAAAUGUUUACUGUUUGUCAGUUGUGUGUUUAUUGGUGAAACAAAAAGAUACUUUUUUGUUAAAUGUAUCACCUUAGAUGGUAGCCAUGGAUUAAAUGUAGCUGUUCUGUUUUCAUUUGUCACUUUGCCUUUUUUUUUUUUUAUUUUGUAUGCUUUUUAAAAAAAUGCUUUACAGUGUGGAAGCAAGUAAAGGAUUUGUCUGACAGGAAUUGCAGUUGACACUUCCUCCAUUUCAGAUAAGUUGUUUACAAUUUCAUUGGGUCCUUUCACAAAUGUGUAAUUCAUUAUUAACAAUAAAAUUAGUGUCAAGUCUGUAAAAUCCAUUCCUUCUAGUUUUGUAAUAAUAUAACUGUACUAAAAAGAACCUAAACAUUCCUUUAUUACAGAUGUAAUGUGGUAUAAUUUGUCUUGGAGACAACACUGUCAGGAAUGUCAACAAUUAAAUGAAUUUAAAUGGGUUUUAAUUUUCUUGGGUGUAAGUCAUAAUCAGUCUUAAGCCUUAUAAAAGCAGCAUUUUUUAAAUAUUGUACACAUAGAUGCGUAAACUAACUUACAUGUCCUGCAUAGUUAAUAAAUGUGCAUGAAGAGCAUGAA